UCAAAAGCUAAGCGCUUUCUCUCUCUCUCUCUCUCUCGAAACUUUUUUAAAUCUCUUUUUUUUAUCACAUUUCAUUUUGAAACUUUCUCUGCAACUGAGCCGACUGAUCUCCCAAUUUUCUCCACAAUUCCGUUCUAUACCCACCAUGCCUUUUCUUGAUAAAAAGCUCAGUUUUUUCUUCCAAGUCCCUUCGUACAAGAUGGCUUUAAGGUUUUAGGUUUUUGGGCUUUAGGGUUUUCUGACGUUGCAGAGGAUAAUGAACGCCAAUUCUUCAAGUGGGGAAGGGAGUAUGCAAGGGGUUGCCACUCAUGGAGGGAGUUAUGUACAGUACAAUGUUCUUGGGAACCUUUUCGAGGUUUCUUCAAAGUAUGUUCCCCCUAUACAACCCAUUGGUAGGGGUGCAUAUGGUAUUGUCUGCUGCGCUCGGAAUUCAGAAACCAAUGAAGAAGUGGCUAUCAAAAAAAUUGGGAAUGCCUUUGACAACAGAAUUGAUGCAAAGCGGACCCUUCGGGAGAUUAAGCUCCUUCGCCAUCUGGACCAUGACAAUAUAAUUCAGAUCAAGGACAUCAUACGGCCACCCCAAAGGGAAAACUUCAAUGAUGUAUAUAUUGUAUAUGAGCUAAUGGACACAGAUCUCCAUCAGAUAAUACGCUCUAAUCAAUGUUUGACUGAUGAUCACUGUCAGUAUUUCAUGUAUCAAUUAUUGCGUGGACUAAAAUACAUACAUUCUGCCAACAUUUUGCACCGAGAUUUGAAACCCAGUAACCUGCUUCUCAAUGCAAACUGUGACCUCAAAAUAUGCGACUUUGGGCUUGCAAGAACCACCUCUGAGACUGAUUUUAUGACAGAGUAUGUUGUGACUCGUUGGUAUCGGGCACCUGAACUACUUCUGAAUUGCUCAGAAUACACAGCUGCUAUUGAUAUUUGGUCGGUAGGUUGCAUAUUCAUGGAGAUCAUGAAGCGAGAGCCAUUGUUUCCUGGUAAAGACUAUGUCCAGCAAUUAAGACUAAUAACAGAGUUAUUAGGAUCACCAGAAGACUCUGAUCUAGGGUUUCUAAGAAGUGACAAUGCUCGGAGGUAUGUGAGGCAACUACCCCAUUUCCCAAAGCAGCCAUUCUCCGAGAAAUUCCCAGACUUGUCCCCUGAAGCCAUUGACCUUGUAGAGAAAAUGCUCGUGUUUGACCCUUGCAAGCGAAUUAGUGUUGAAGAGGCAUUAAGGCACCCUUUUCUGUCAAGCCUUCACGAAAUAAAUGAAGAACCUAUCUGCUCGUCUCCUUUCAAUUUUGAUUUUGAACAGGCUUCAUUCACUGAGGAGGAUAUAAAGGAGCUUAUAUAUAGGGAAUCUUUGAGUUUCAAUCCAGAUAUGAAGUAGUGGAUGUAUUUGAGUGCUCUUUAAUCCUAUUGAUCGUUCCCCUUCCCUUUCUGUUCUUCGGUGUCCUGGUGAGUUACUGUUGUGGAUCUGGAUCAAGAAAGUUACAUAUUUAAAUGCAAUACUGUGUUGGGUAUCGAAUAGAGCGAAGCCAAGUGUUGCAUAAAGAAAGAAUUGUGUUUUCUUUAUUUGCUUUGGUGGUGGGAAGGUGUUAUGCAUAUGUUGCAGUGGUUUGAUAUAUGGGUUCUGGACUUCCGUGUUAUGAAAUAAGAUGUUUGUUAGGUAAAAGAUUAUGGAGUCGUCAUGGCCACCACACUUAAGUAUGUUAUUUAUGUAACUAUAGGGGAAGUACCCCCUUUAUAUGUCUUUCACAUUUUCUACUUUGUAUGCCUCAAGCAUAACAAUUGGGAUAUGGAAAAAUGAUAUAUUGAUGAGCAAAA